AUGGAGCAUCCCUCCUCUCUUCGCGAGUCACAUACCUCUGACACCAGUGGAUAUGAUGACCUGACUGCCUUUGUCACAGGACAAGAUCACUAUGCAGAUGACGAAGAUGAUUUGGAGACAGAAACCAUCACUCGAAGGCCGACCACUCUCCACGAUGUCGAGCUCGAGCGUAUCAAUACCUAUCGGCUUCAGCAAAAGUCAACCGUUGGGUCUGGAGUCGGCAUAGUUCCUCGCGAGCAAUGGCUUCCAAUGGGAGCUGGAAAGCCCUUCCCCCCUGAGCUACCGGACCCAGAGCAAUUCGUCGUGGAAUUUACAGGCAUCGACGAUCCUCUUCACCCGCAGAAUUGGACAAUGGGGAAGAAGGUCCUAAUUUCGGCGGUUCUUGCAUACACAACAUUCGUCUCCUCAUUCUCUAGUGCUAUCUAUUCAUCUGCCGUCAGUGAAGUUGGACCGAGGUUCCACAUUAGCACUGAGGUUGCGGUGCUCGGAGUCACGCUAUAUGUACUCGGCUUCGCUAGUGGGCCUACGGUUUGGGCCCCGGCUAGUGAAUUGAUUGGAAGAAGAUGGCCCAUCACUGUGGGCAUUUUUGGAUUUUCGAUAUUCACGAUUGGAACUGCAACAAGCAAGGACGUGCAGACUCUUAUGUUGACUCGAUUCUUUGCGGGUUUCUUCAGCGCAAGCCCAAUCGCCAUUGUGCCUGCAGCUUAUGCUGACAUGUACAACAACCAGAUGCGAGGAGUAGCCAUCAGCAUAUUUGCCAUGGCUGUCUUUGUGGGUCCAUUUGCAUCUCCUUUUAUUGGAGGUUUUAUAACCAUGUCAUACCUUGGCUGGCGAUGGACGAUGUAUAUUGCCAGCAUCAUGGGGUUCCUGGCCACUGGCCUAUGUCUGCUCUUUAUGAAGGAAACCUAUGCACCUGCUGUUCUCGUGGAGAAAGCCGUUACGCUUCGCAGACAGACGCAUAACUGGGGCAUCAGAGCACGUCAGGAGCAAGUUGAAUUGAACUUUGACGAACUUAUUCGGGUCAACUUCAGUCGACCCUUUCGAAUGCUAUUUACCGAACCGAUUGUAUUUUUGAUAUCCCUUUGGAUGAGCUUUGUCUACGGCUUGAUGUACGCUCUUCUUGGUGCCUACCCUGUCGUCUUUCAAGAAAUACACGGGAUGAACCUUGGCGUUGGCAGCCUUCCCUUCAUCGGCCUGAUCAUCGGGGAGUUCCUUGCUGGAGCAUAUAUCUUGUAUGAUCAAAAGUCAUACGCCAAGAAGCUGGCCGCGAAUAACAAUGUCCCCAUUCCCGAAUGGCGUCUUCCACCAUCUAUCCUCGGAGGAAUUUGCUUCACAGUGGGUCUCUUCUGGUUUGGAUGGACUGGGUGGACGCAGUCUAUCCAUUGGAUGGCUCCAACAGCAAGUGGCGUGGUCACUGGCUUCGGAAUCUAUGUGAUAUUCCUGCAGUGUUUCAACUACUUGAUUGACUCAUAUUUAAAUUUCGCAGCAUCCGUGUUUGCUGCAAACACAAUCAUCAGGUCCUCAGUGGGCGCGGCCUUUCCUCUUUUUUCCAAGCAGACUUUUGUAAAUUUGGGCGUGCAGUGGGCCGGUACUCUCCUUGGAUGCCUUGCUCUCAUCAUGGUUCCCAUCCCUUUGUUGUUCAUGAAGUGGGGGCCUGCAUUGCGAAAGAAGUCAAAAUUUGCGCCGACUCCUGUGGUGAAUGAUGAAAAAGAUGAACGUGGCAGUGUAUAA